UUUCUAGAGAACUGACAUAUCUGAUCAAAUCGUACGGGCCUGAUGAAACAAUGAGUGAGAAGUAGGGGGAGGCGGCGUAUUUCCUUGGAGGGUUUCACUCACGUAUAUUAUAGUUGUCGCUAAAUUGUACGCAAUCGGCCCGCUGGUAAUAUACAUUGCUAUUAAUGGUUUGGUCGGUAUCGGUACGAACAGAAAGACAAUUAUACCUGGCAUCCUGUGAGGAAGAAGUCUCCUCAGUUUUCACUUUUAAGGUCAUUGUAUUUUAAUGGUUUGUCGGAUAGCCUUUCAAAGCACAGCAUCCUGUUGGUCAUUAUAGUGUAUGCUAGGGACUGGCUGAUCCUAUGCUCCUCCCACUAACGGAUUUUGCAUUAUCUGCACAAAUGUUGUGAUAUUCCGGUUGCCUCUCAACAUUACACGCGGCGCCUGGCGGCCCGCUGCGCCUUGAAGUCUCGUCUCUAGUGACAUCACGCUAGCGCUAAGCGGGGACGAAGCGAUGCUCUGCGGACGGGUUUAUCCCCUCAUACAGCCUUGUUAUGGAAAUACGUCGCCUUCCUCGUAAUCUUGUUACUGGGGAUGCCGGGGGCGCUGACGAGUGUUAUCUGGGCUGAUACAAAAUCGCACAGUAGCUGGUGAGCAGGCCUUGUGAGGUGAGCCCGCUCCUGUACGGUGUAUGAGACGGCUCCUGUCUGGCUGCAGCAGCCUGCCAAUGAAACUCCACGUCAAGUGCCGGGGUGGCCUCUACCCGCUCUCAGAUGGCGUGCAGCGCGCCGACGUGCCCGAGGACAGGGUGGCCUGGUCGGUCGCGUGGCCCGAGUACGCGCCCGUGGCCUACACCAGCCCAGUGGUGCCAGGCAAGCCGUGGGCCGACCCGGAGCUGAGCGCGGCCGGCUUCCAGCCGCGCUGGAACGCGCUGGACGGCGGCGUCGACCGGCGCAGCCAGCAGGCCGAGUACGCGCUGGACGCGGCCGGCGCGCCGCUGAACCCGGUUGGCCGCACGGGCGUCAGCGGCCGCGGCCUGCUGGGACGGUGGGGGCCGAACCACGCGGCCGACCCGCUGGUCACCCGCUGGCGCCGGGCCGAAGAUGGCACGCUCUGGCGGCACCCGAGCAGCGGCCGGCCGCAGCUGCAGCUGGUGACCGUGCAGCGGCGCGACUGCGGCCUAUGGGCGCUGCCCGGCGGCAUGGUCGACCCCGGCGAGCGCGUCACGGCCGCCGUGCAGCGCGAGUUCCAGGAGGAGGCGCUCAAUGCGCUGGAGGCGUCGCCCGAGCGCCGCCGCCAGCUGGCCGAGCUCGUGCGCCAGUUGUUCGCCGGCGGCCGGCGCGUCUACGCCGGCUACGUCGACGACCCGCGCAACACCGACAACGCCUGGAUGGAGACGGAGGCGUACAAUUUUCACGACGAGACGGGCACUGCGGUGGGCGCGUUCCCGCUGCAGGCCGGCGACGACGCGCGCGCCGUGCGCUGGACGGACGUGUCUGGCGAGACGGAGCUGUACGCCAGCCACUCGGCCAUGGUGCAGGCCGUGGCCGAGACGCACGGCGCGCGCUGGUGAGGCGGCCGCCGCCGGGCCUGGCGCCCCUGCCCGUCCGUGAGAGGUCAGCGACUGGCGCGUCAGGUCAGCGACAGGUCAGCGACACUGCACUGGGCCCGGCGAUUCCGACGGUGACGUGGACGGUCAGUGUUGGGACCGGUGGCUCCACCCACGCGGCCCUGAUUCGCCGUACGUGAGAUGUUGUGCGCGCGUUCAACCACAUUGCCUUGCUCCGUUGUCCGACAUUGCACAGGCUGUGGGCUAUUUGAUGAUUUAUAAAGUUGUCUGCCUGCACUGUUCUGCUUUAAUGCCUGCUGUGACAGCGUGAAAGGAGUGUGGCACACUCAGUCCUUACGCGGCAGCACGUAAUAUGGGGUGUUACUUUUGAGAAAAAGGAGGGUUUGGGAGCCUACGGGGUUGAUUAUCAGAUGGCUUCCCUAAUUGUUUUCUCAGCGUCGGUUCGCUUUAAUUUUUCGUUGGAAGAAAUCCAUUUUUUCGAUGGGCAUGACAAUUGGCGAGCCACCUGUCAAGCUGGAAAGUUAGUGUAGUUAGCUUUAGGUCUGCAGCCUCUCCAAACGACUAGGAUCGUGCACCUGUGUGUGAUACCCAACGCUGAGCGGAGGUGUUGGUGACUGCCUCGUGAUGUGCCUGCGGUUGUGUGUGUGUAGCUGGGUUCAUUAUCGCACAUCAGGCCCAGUGCAGUGCGCUGUACUGCAUUCACUGUCCCGCCGCGCACGGCGCCUGCGUGAGGGGUGGUAGGCUGGCCCAUUGUCUCCCUCAUUCAGCCAAGUGGCCAAGCGGCCUUAUUCUUGCAGCGCUUGUCUGCGCUAUUUGACUGUUUAGCACGCCACUGUUGCUGUUUGGCAAGAUAUGUUUAACGAUAUGAGCUUAUCUGUUCAUGAUUUUGCGAAAAUGUGCACUUGCUGUUGCGCUUGAGUCUUUCCCAUGUUUAUCCACGGUGUUCCAGCUAUGUUUCUUGCGCCUUGCUUAGGGUCAGUUCUACUAAUGCUACAUUGGUGCCUAAUACAUGAAAGGGAAGUAGGCGAUUGCUGAAAUGGUUGUGGUCGGGUGCGUCAUAUGCAGGCAUUUUUUUUCCGUCGCCGAAAGUGAUAAUUUCCACCGAACCGUCGCUUUUCCGCGAAAUGGGCAGCAUCGCUGCUAGGCGUCGUUUGUCAAGCUUGGUGUGCUGCGCGUCGCGCAUGCUUUGCCAUUAUAUGUCAAGUUUUAAUGUAAAUGUAUCAGUGAGGUUUUAUAUUACGGGCGAGCAUAUGCUGCGCGUCUGAGUGACAUCCGCUCGUGAUGUCGAGCCUUAUGCAAGUGGUUCUCCCUUGGGAUAUGACACGAAAUUCCUCCCGCAUUGGUUGCAUCGCAAAGACAAUGAUACACGCUGGGUUUAUUGAUCCCUGUUCACUGCGCACGUGUGAAAACAGAUAAUUGGAUUCGUGAUUUACAUGUGUCCUUACGGUGAUUCCCACUAAAACGGCACGACACUUCG